AUGCCCACCUCUGACGACCUCGAGCCACGCCUACCGGCGGGCCAGUCUGUGUCGCACUUCAUGCGCACCCUCGAUGUGUACCCCGUCGUUCCCCCGCAUAAGGCGCAUGAAACCACAGUGCGCCCUCAAGGAAACGCAGGUGGUGUGUCGCCAAGGCCAUGCAACCAUCGCACCUCUCAGCGGCAGCGUGAGCACGCGUGGAGGCCGAGCUGCAUGUCCAACUUUCCUCGCACGCCAGCGGCUGCGGCUGGCGCCUCCCCCUCUUCACCCACGCCGUCCUCUGUGGCAGAGCAGUCGGUGAAAGAAGCGGCAUAUCGCCUUAGCCCGCAGGAGGUGCAACGCCGUGCGCAACAGGUGCUAACGGCGCAGAUACGCAGCUUGCUGGAGGCGCGACUCCAGGAGCGUCUGCAUCAGGCCUACGUCGCGCAGGCACAGUGGGAAGCGACGCGGAGACCAUCACCAUCAGCACCCGUGCCACUACCUGUACCCCCCUGUGACACCCACAUGGCCAGUGCCUGGCCGGCUAGUGCUUCUUCUGAAGCUGCUGUAGGGGCGAGCACUGCACCUGCCUCAGCGGAGCCGGAGCCGUCCUUUGAGGAAGUCUCUCCACUGAUCACCACGGCGAUGUCGGCGCAUGGCAGCGCUGCCGGCGGGGCUACGACGCGUCAGGGCGUAACCUCCGCUGCAUCUGCGGCGCACUCCACUGUGGGGAUGCCCACAAUUGACGUACACCCGUACUCGGCUGUGGAGCUGGUGCGCGUACACCGCCUCAGGGGUGUGCCGAACCACAACCGUGGCCUCUUCGCCGGCUUGUCAAAGCGCACCUUCACUACCCGCAGCGGACAAUACACGAUCGGCCGAGAGGGCGAGGGACACCGUCGCGUGCGAUCCGGGGUGUCUGGCUUUAUGUGGGAAGCACGUCGCCACUCUGGCGCUGCCUCGGGCCCCCCACCGCGGCUCACGAUGCGGUUUCUCUGCACGGACAGCCAAAUGCUGUUUCAGUGGACAGAGGACGCCGACUCGGCGUACGCUGUGCAGGGCGAGAACGAGGAGUUCGGCAGUCGGCCCGAUGACGGGCCGAUGUUCUGCAACGCCUCCUGCAUGGAUGACCCCUCUCUCGGGCACGGGCUCAAAGGGGUGCUGGAGCACAUGUAUGGGAAAAAGAUGACGACAGAGCAACGGGCAGAGGCGGUGCGGCGGCUGCGGGAGCGUCGUGAGGGUCGUCGGGGUACGAGUAACCGAUACCCCAUGCUGGACGGCAAGGACAGUAAUGGUGAUGGGCACUCGUCCAUUGGUGGAGGCGCCACGACAGGCGGCACCAGCUCCCUCUUAGCCGGCGUGAAAGACGGUUCAUCCGGGUUGGGCGAGAGCGGGCAUGAGGGGCGGACCCCAUCCAACAAGGGAUCUCGCAGCGGUGUUGUCUUCUCAAGCAUGAAGCACAGCCUUACGCCCCUGCACGUCCUCUCUCCGACCAAAUACGAGCCGGACCAUAUGUUGCCGCUGGCGGACACCCCAAUGCUCGGUGCGAGUGCCAUGCCGCACAACUGUAGCGACCCUCCCCUCGCUCUUGCAACUCCUGGCUAUCGCAUCUCGGUAAGUGCCGACGGAGGCUGUCAACGACGCAGUGCUGGAGCGGACACAUGGGACCACCCAUUGCUAGCCACACUCUCCCUCUCUUCUCUGAGCCACACCAUGACUACCGAUGAAGCUGAGGCGCACCGACUCAAGAGGAACUUCUAUGUCGCUGUUGCAGACUCAAGGACGCGGAGCAGGUCCGAUGGCGGUGACGGGUCUGUAAGGCUUUGGGGGAUGAAGGGUCGUGUUUCUGGCGCUGGCGGGGAUCAUGGCACCUACGGGUCUCCGCUGGCACCACGUUCUGCCUCUCGCCCAUCCAUCCUGUCGGUGCCGAGCUCUGGCGGGCAGCGCAGCCAGGUUAGCAACACCGUAUGCCUCGACAUGGAAGCAGAGACAACCGUUGUUGACGGACGGCCAUCGACUGCUGCUGGAGGACCGCACAGCGGCACACAUGACACAUCAUCUGUCGACGCUGGCCCAAGCGGUGACAACAGUGUUACUGGUGGCCUUGGCAGCGGCGGUCGUUACGACACACGGAGAAAUGGCGAGGGGGUUUCCUUGGCGGCAGGCCAGGGUACCGGCGAAGAGUUUACAGGGAAGGAGAUGAAGCAGCACACCUUGGCACCUUUCUCAGCUGUCUCCCUCUCCGCCACCGCCACCUCAUCGCAGGACUCGUCGUUGCGCCGCCCCAGGGACGAUGACGACAGCCGCAACCUCGACGAGUUCCUCAUACAUUUCCCUGAGGAGGCGGACCACGUGCGACUGCGUCGAACCGCCAAGAACAUCCUCGACGGCAUGGAGGAUAUGUGGGAUGACGAUGGCAACGGUCGCAGCGCCUUCCUGCUGCCGCAGUUCCUGAACCCAAACUUUCAGUUUCCUGGCCUUGACGACACCAUUGGCGCCGCCGAUGGAGCCGAUGGCUGCAGCGGACAUGGUGAGGGCUCGGAGGACAACUACCCGCCGCUGACCGGUUUUGGCGUCAAUGACGCAGAGCUCAACGAGAAGUUUCGCAUUGAGGCGGAGGAAGAGUACAGCGACCUUAUCGCGCAGCGUGACGCGCUGCUGGCGGAGGUGGAGGGUCAACACCAACUUCUGGGUGACAUGGGUGCGGAUGUGCACUACCUUUCCGUUGGACAGGCGCGCACAGGCAUGAACGCGGAACAGUACGCCAUCACGCUCACCAGCGAGGUAAACCGCUACGCCAAGUUGCAUCGGCUUUGCCUGAAUCGAACUCUGGAAGAGAGGUCUCAGCAGCAGCAGGGUGACGAGGCGGACGCCGCUGUUGAACACGCUGCCGACGGUUUUCUCGACCGCUUCGGGAAAGAGCGAACUGCUACGGCGGACGUGGGCAGUCAGGUGUGUGACGCCGACCUGUGCUACGUUGAUGCCGCUGUGCGUUCGACUGAGGAGCAGCUGGAAGACCUGUUCCUCCAUGAGAAGGCACUUGUGAACGCAGUGCGACUCGCCACAGUGGCUGUGGCCAACAUCAUGACAUUUCACGCCUCGCUGGAGAUGGAGUCGACGUGCCACGAGUGCUUCUUUGUCUUCGACAAACCGCAGACGCUCUGGCCAUGCGGGCACACCUUCUGCCUCUCCUGUCUCUCUAACAUGUACAACCGUCGCGGCAAGCUCAUCUGUGCUGAGUGCGGGUCCGUCUGCGAGGUCGGCUACACCCCCAAUAUUUCCGUCGAGCUCAUCGCCAAUUAUCAGACAGUGUGCAGGCGUAGCGAGGCCGACGCAGACGUCGAGCCUGAUAGCGCCCUGGCCAAGGAGCGUGAGGCGCAGACCAUUGAGGGUGUCCUGCGCAGUCUUCUGAACGACCUGCUCUCGGCCCAGAGCAGCUGGACUGCCAGCCCUUUGGAACACUCCCCACUGAGACUGAGAGGCGGCGCGUGA